AUGCCGCUCUACUCGGACGCCCCCGAUGCGCGCCAGUUCUACGAGGAUAAGCCGACGCUGCUUGUAUCGUGGUGGAUCACGGUCUUUUGUGUGGCGAUCAUCCUGACGCGAAUGUCGGGUCGAUACGUGCGAGUCGAGAAACUACUCAAGGAGGAUAAGAUCGCUGCCGGUGCGCUCAUACCGUUGGUUCUAAGGGCUAUCUGUGUUCAUUUUGUUCUCAAGAAUGGAACGAACAACGUCAACUUGGAUGGGUUGAAGUUGAGUGAUGCGGAUAUUGAUAAGAGGAUCGUGGGGAGUAAGAUGGUCCUCGCCAGUAGAGUGUUCUACGCCUCCAUUCUUUGGAUCCUUAAACUCACGACGCUUGAGUUCUUUGAACGUCUUGCUGGUGCUACGAGACGAAGAUCACAUCGUAUUAUGAUCCACGCCAUGCGCGCAACGCUCGCCGCUACUUUCCUCGCUGUCGUUAUAAGCGACCUCGCAGAAUGUCAGCCCUUCCCUCACUACUGGCAGGUCACUCCCGACCCAGGCCCUCAAUGCCGUCAGGGUUUCGUGCAGAUGCUCACAAUGGGAGCUUGCAACGCCUUCACCGACCUCGUCCUCAUCGCCUUUCCCAUCCCCAUCAUCCUCUCCACCCAAAUCGCCACCAAGCGCAAGGUCCUCCUCAUAAUGCUCUUCAGCUUCGGCCUGCUCACCGUUGGUAUAACACUCUACCGCAUCCCCCGCAUCAUCGAAGCACACGGCUUGCAAGUCGUGCGCACGAUGUGGGCAUCGAUUGAAAUCCUCGCCGCCACAGCCGUAGGCAACAUCGUCGCGUUAGGAUCCUUCCUUCGUGACAGCGGUGUCAAGCGCAAGAAGUUCAAAGAGUCAAACAGCUACUCCGGCUACUCGAACUCGCGCUCCCAAUCACAACCUACGAAACUCACACGCACGGCGCAUAGCCAGUGGGAGGAUGAGGAUCAUGUUCGUACGACGGAGGGGAUAUGGGCAAAGUCGCAUGACACGAGCGACUCGAUCUCUAAAGAUGAGGAUUUGAGAAAGUCGGGUGAGAGACCUGUUAGUCCGACGCAGAGCCACGAUUCGCUUAUUACAAGGGACGAGUUGACGGGCAAGAUGGAUCGUGAUGAUUUUGUGUAUCGACAACCGCCGACGGCUGUUAUUGCGGGGGGAUCUAGACAGGUCCAGCGCGCGCAGCCGACGAGGGAUAAUUGA